AUGACCGCUGCGCACGCGCGGUGGCGGCGCCCCGGCCGGUGGCAGCGGCGGCGAAGGGGGGGGGCGCGGCCCUGCCUUCCCACAGUUGCCGUCCUGCGGCCCACAGAGCGGGAUGGUUUAGCGGAGUUUGCGGUCCGCGGGGGCCCGGAGCGGCCGGGGAGGGCUCCGGGGGCCGCUACCGCCGGUCGGAUCUCUGGAUCGGGCCCCGGAGGCCGGGCCGGCCCGGGCCCUGGAGGAGGAGCAGCGGCCAUGGCGGGGCGCUCGGGCCAGGCCGUGCUGGACGAGUUCACGGCCCCCGGGGAAAAGACGACACUGCUGCAGGAGAGCCGGGGCCGCAUCGAGGGCCUCUUCGGGGUGUCCCUCACGGUGCUGGGCCCGCCCGGCGCCCCCACGCCGCUGCCCGCGCCCGGCCGCAUCUGGCUGCAGCUCAGCGGGGCCAAGGAGGCCGUCCGCAGCGCCAAGGAAUUCAUCAAGGGAAUCUGUGAACCUGAAUUAGAAGAGAGAGAAUGUUAUCCAAAGGACAUGCACUGUAUUUUUGUUGGGGCACAGAACCUAUUUCUUAAGAGUUUGAUCCAGGAUACAUGUGCUGAUAUGUCCAUUCUGGACAUUGGUGUGCUUAGUAUCAGAGGUGGUGCUGAAGCUGUUGUCAUGGCCAGAAGUCACAUACAACAAUUUGUGAAGCUCUUUGAAAACAAUGAGAGCCUGCCAAGUACUCAGAAUGAAUCAGAGGUGAAAAAACAAUUUAAACAAUUCGUUGAAUCACAUGCAGAUAAAUAUACAAUGGACUUGUUGAUUUUACCCAGUUCAUUGAAGAAAGAACUCCUAAAUCUUACCCAUGGUGAAGAUCCAUAUGAAUUAGAUUAUGAUGAUAAUGAUAUUAUUGAUCUUACAGAUCGGAAAACAGAAUUUACACACAAUGGCAUCCAGGAGCUGAGCAUGUCCAAUGAUGGGCAAGUUUUUCAGGAGAAUGAAAGAAAGCAAGCAGGGACCCCUGUUUCUGAGCUUACAAAACAAAUGGACACAGUUUUUUCUGGUUCCACAGAGGUUCUUUUUGUUCCUGUAAAUGGUGUAGCUCCACCUGAAGAAUCAGUUUCCAAAGAGAGGAUAUGUCACAAAAGGAGGUCUUCUGAUACUGAAGAAAGACACACGAAGAAGCAGUUUUCAUUGGAAAAUGUUCAGGGGGGUGAGCCUCCAUCUGCUACUGAGAAAUUGACUGCUGGCACAGUGAUUAACCUGCUCUCUGAUUCCUGUACAAUCUCUGAAGAUUUAGGCGUUGAUGUAAAAGACACUACUGAGGAAAUGGAAUAUAACAUCCUGGUAAACUUUUUUAAAACCAUGGGAUACUCCCAGGAAACUGUAGAAAAAGUUAUUAAGGAGCAGGGACCAUCUACAGAACCCUUAGUACUCUUAGAAGAAAUUGAAAAGGAAAACAAAAAGUUCCAGGAAGAAAAAGAAGUCUUCCCUAGGCACACUUCAAUUUUGUGCCUGGAGGUCACUGAAGCCAAAAGCAAGGGUAUUUGCAAUAGUCAGAAUGAAUUUAAAAUGAAUUUUUCUCCAAAGAAAACAAAGGAUCACAUGCAGCAAAACAUAAUAGAACAAUCUCAGUCACCUCUCAGAAUAGAAGAAAAGCCAGGUACCUCAAACUGCAAAAUGAAAAUUUCCAGUUCAGUUCCAACAGAACAGAGAGCAGAAAAUUGGAAUUCUACCCAGAGCCAUGUUCCCCAUGUAGAUAUAGAAAUGGAUGGCUCUUCACCUUCUGUUUCCCCUUUAAAGAAGCUCUUAAAUGACAAGGGAAUACUAACAGACCUGGAUUUUGUUGCCAGAGGAACUCCGAGUCACCAGCCAAGAGUACCAGUUAUUCCUGAAAAUAUUUUGUUUCCAAAAACUGGGAUCACAGUUCCAAAGAAUAAUGUUAAUCUUAUAUGUGAAAGCCAGCUAGGCUGUUGCAGCCCUUCCCAAGUCAAGCCAAAUUGCCAACCCCUCCCUCCGAUGCCUUUUUUUCCACCCCAGCUUCUCCCUUCAGUUACUAGUGUUAAGCUGGCAGGACCGUCCAAUCGUUGUAUUGAUUCCUCAGUUACUGGGGUUCAAAGAUUCCGGGAUACUCUAAAAACACCAUACAGGCUGGAAUUAAAAAAUGAACCAGGGAGAUCAGAUUUAAGGCACAUUGUUAUAGAUGGGAGCAAUGUUGCAAUUGCUCAUGGUCUGAACAAAUUCUUUUCCUGUCGAGGGAUUGCAAUAGCUGUUGAAUACUUUUGGAAACUUGGCAACAGAAAUAUUACAGUAUUUGUCCCUCAGUGGAGAACAAGGCGUGAUCCUAACAUCACAGAGCAACACUUCUUGACCCAGCUCCAGGAUCUCGGAAUAUUAUCUUUAACCCCUGCUCGGAUGGUCUUUGGAGCAAGAAUUGCUUCUCAUGAUGACAGGUUUCUGUUGCACCUAGCUGACAAAACUGGUGGCAUAAUUGUAACCAAUGAUAACUUCAGAGAAUUUGUGACUGAAUCAGUAUCUUGGAGAGAAAUUAUUAAAAAAAGGUUGCUUCAGUAUACGUUUGUUGGGGACAUAUUUAUGGUUCCUGAUGAUCCUCUGGGAAGAAGUGGACCUAGAUUAGAGGAAUUUCUUCGUAAAGAAGUCUUCCUUGGGGAUUUUCCACCUCCGCCCGGAGUUCUGCCAAGUGGAGGACUGCAUGAAACUGCCUUCAGGGUCCCCAGCACCAGCCGACAACCCACACCCCCGAUUCAGGGAGUUCUUCCAAGCAACUGGAUUCCCCAGCAACCUAACCUCCCAAUCCUACAAAAUCUAGCCAAUAUCCAACCAAGCCUGACAGUUCCACCACAGAGAUCCCCAGCAGAAACUAAACAGCUGAGGGAAGCCCUCCUGAAGAUAUUCCCAGAGUCAGAGCAAAGAAUGAAAAUUGAUCAGAUCCUGACAGCACAUCCAUAUAUGAGAGACCUGAAUGCACUGUCAGCCAUGAUAUUGGAUUAAGGGUAUAUUGGGAAAGUUUGCAAUUACAGCUGAUCCAUUAAACCUGCAAGUAGCAUCUGCACAUGUUGGGAAUGGAAAUAAUGUGAAGAAAUCAAUUUGCCAAUAUAAACCCUAUUUGAACAAAACAGAAUCAAAUGUUUUGUGUAUAAAAGAUCUGUUUUCAAAACUGGCUUUAUACAUAUAUAUGUAUGUAUAUGUAUGUGUAUAUAUAUGUAUAUGUAUGUGUGUGUGUGUGUAUAUAUAU